CCAAUUGCGGUAGCUAGUCUAACGUUAAUACCAGCUGCCAGUCUAUAAAGAUACACAACGCGAUCAAGUGAAUAACACACUGAAACACAUCACUUAUUAUAGAUAGUUGGAUGUAAUUACACGUGGGGACGACUGUAAAUUGCUAACGAAAUGUAAUAUAAUGGUUCUAACAUGGUGUCGCUAGACUUGAAUGCCAUGAAGCAAAGGUGCCGCGGCGUGGCGCUUGCUGCGAUUCUUCUGCUGUCCGCGUUCUUUGGAUUCAACGUGUUUUCUCCGGUGUUCAUCGCCGUUUUUGUGUUCAGACUCAACUCCGCGCAGUUCGUCGUGGACUCCAUUUUCUGUACGUGGUUCGCGUUAGCAGCGGCGUCAUUCGAAACCCUUUACGGCAUCAAGAUACGUAUCACGGGCGAAGUGCAAAGUUUCCGACGCGACGUUACGUCAAUUAUCGUACUUAACCAUCGUACCCGACUGGACUGGCUGUUCUAUUCCGCGGUUCAGUGUCGCUACGGCUCUCUACGAAACUUCAAAAUAUCGCUGAAAAACAUGCUAAGACACGCACCAGGCGCGGGUUGGGCCAUGCAAGCGGCGCAUUUUCUUUUCCUUCAUAGAAAAUGGGAAUCAGACCAAAGCAAGAUCGACUCGUUUUUAUGUCAUUUUCAAAAUGUCGGAAGUCAUCCACAAGUGCUUCUAUUUCCGGAAGGCACGGACUUGCAACCGGAGAGUUUAGCCAAAAGUAAAUUAUUUGCCAAAAAGAACGAUCUACCUGAAUACCAGUAUGUCCUCCAUCCGAGGACAACCGGAUUUGUCUCCCUUGUGAAAGGAAUGCAACACUAUAAUGACUUAAAGCAAAUCGUCGAUGUCACUGUGUCAUAUCCCUUAAAUGUAUGCCAAGACGAAAACCAGCUGCUUGCCGGAAAACUGCCUCAGGAAAUUGUAUUCAACGUACGCAGCUUUGAUCUGGAUAAAAUUGACUGUAGUUCGGAUGAAUGCAUUUCGGAUUGGUUGCAAAAACGGUGGGAGGUGAAGGAAAAGUAUCUACGAAAUGUAUAUCAACAGAAACCCACAGUCGAUAUAAAUGGCGUUUCUAUGUAUAUCAACGGCAACAGCGCCAGCAAAAUUGUUAAGUCUGUAGAUACAUGUACUAUGAACGGUCUUUCUGAAAAGCAAAACAACGAAAUCGAAUCGAACUCUGCGAUAUUUGGUAUAGGGUGCUUAAUAUUUUGGUUUUGCAUAUCGGUUCUGUCUGUUUGUGGUAUAUUCGCAAAUGUUUAUUUUAGAUGGUCAUUCUUUGGAAUGUUAGCUGUUAAUUUCUCAAUAAGUACGUUUGUUGGGUUCGAUGCUCUGUUUGCAAAGUUGUCUGCAAGGUAGAGUUCUAUGCAGACUUUGUGGAUUAUAAAACUUCAUUUCGUUACCACACACGUGCAUUUUAUGCCCCAAACUGUAGAGGAGGAUAUAUACGCUUGUCUAUGUUUCAAAUGGACAACCGUCUUGUUUUUAAGGUGAAUUAAACAAUAUUGUAGAACAGACUCUUUGUAAUAUUUUGUAUUCUGUAUAAUGUACUUUACAUAAACGAGUUAUAUAGCAAUUAUUUCUAAAUUAAUAAUUAAAUUUGUUAAUGGGAAGCUUAGAAUUGUACCCACACUGUUAAAUAUUUAUUCCAGCGAUUGUUAUACCCCCACAAAUUAAGUUUAGGGGUGUAUAUAGGAGUGAGCUUGUCUGUCGGUCGGUCUGUCGGUCUGUCUGUCAGUCAGUAUAAAGUGUCCGCUCUCUAAUUCAAGUUGUUUUCAUCCGAUCUUCACCAAACUUGGUCAGAUGUUGUAUCUAGAUGAUGUCUAGGUCAAGUUCGAAUAUGGGUCGUACCGGGUCAAAAACAAGGUCACGGGGUCACUUAGUGCGUUUUAAACAUUGAGCAUGGUGUUUGCUCUCAAAUUAAAGUAGUUUUCAUCCGAGCUUCACCAAACUUGGUCAUAAGUUGUAUCUAGAUGAUGUCUAGGCCAAGUUCGAACAUGGGUCUUGUCUAGGCCAAGUUCGAACAUGGGUCAUGGCAGGUCAAAAACUAGGUCACGGGGUCACUUAGUGCGUUUUAAAUAUUGAGCACGGUGUCCGCUCUCUAAUUAAAGUAGUUUUCAUCCGAGCUUCACCAAACUUGGUCAGAAGUUGUAUCUAGAUGAUGUCUAGGCCAAGUUCGAACAUGGGUCAUGGCAGGUCAAAAACUAGGUCACGGGGUCACUUAGUGCGUUUUAAACAUUGAGCAUGGUGGUCGCUCUCUAAUUCAAGUAGUUUUCAUCCGAUCUUCACCAAACUUGGUCAGAAGUUGUAUCUGGAUGAUGUCUAGAUCAAGUUUGAAUAUGGGUUAUGCCGGAUCAAAAAAGGUCAUUUGGUCAUUUAGUGCGUUUUAAACGUUCAGCAUGUUGUCUGCUCUCUAAUUCUAGUAGUUUUCAUCCGAUCUUCACCAUCCAAUAUCUUUACAAAUCUUGGUCAGAAGUUUUAUGAUCUAUACGCCAAGUUUGAAUAUGGGCCGUGCUGAGCCAAAAAUUAGUUCAUGGGGUCACUUAGUGCGUUUUAAACAUUGAGCAUGAUGUCCGCUCUCUAAUUCAAGUAGUUUUCAUCCGAUCUUCACCAUACUUGGUCAGAAGUUGUUUCAGGUAGAUGAUGUGUAGGUCAAGUUCGAACAUGCCGGGUCAAAAACUAGGUCAUGGGUCACUUAGUGCGUUUUAAACAUUGAGCAUGUUGUCGGCUGUUUUUUGUAAAGACAACAUGCAAAAUAUUCUGUAUCAAUGCGGAAUAUGGGGGUAUUCGUCACGUCUGUGACAAAGUUCUAGUUUUAUUUAGAUUGCACGUUUUUUUAUCCUUACACCAAUACAAGUGAAUUUCGAUGCAUAUAAGACCCUUACCCUUUGAUACGCCCCAAGUGUAUGCAAAAUGGUUAUUAAAACUGAUUGCAACAUACCAUACAAAACAAUCACAGAUUUUGGUUUAGAGGGAUGAAAAGCAUUUGGCUAGAAUUGCUGUAGUCGAGCAUUUGGCUAGAUUUGGUGAAGUAUCAGCGCAUUUAUGUCAAAACACUUGAUAUAAAGUAAGGCUGUGGUUUACUGUACAAUAAAACUAUGUAGACGUGAUCAUUUUUUUUGCACUGAAUUUGAUACUUUUAAUCGCAAAUACUUUUUAUUCUGAGCUCAAUUUGAUAGUUUCAUCAUCACUAUAUCCAUUCCAUGUCACUCAUGUAUUUCUAGUUAAUUAGAAUAGAAGUAAAGUUAUAUAUCAUGAUACACGGAUCUAUGCAAUAAACCAUUAUUGUUUAUAUACUUUUUAUAUGUUUUAUUGUUGAUAUACUCGGGAUUCAUUUUUCAAUACACGGGCUUUUCCUAUCCUGUACACAUGUGUGACAGCACAAGAUGCUUUUUGUAGAAUUCAAUGACACAUUUACCAGUUUGUUUUUUGUUGCAAUAUUCUCAUGUUUUUAUAUAUGUCAAUGCUUGCAUAUAAAAGGGACUUGUCGACCUAGUUGUAAACAUUACAAUUUUCAAAAAAUAUUAGAAUUAGCAAAAUAACAUUCCUACUAUGAAUUUAAAUUUAAAGAAAAGUGUUAAAAUAUAUAUUCGUUCAUGGUUCUUCAUAAGUCAAAAUAAAUUAUAUCAGCAACCUUGCCUUAUCACUUUUAUUAGAUAAUCUAACUUAUAUAGAACGCGUUUUAGUACAAAAUUGUUCAAAAGCCUUGAAGGUCUAGAGGUGCCGAGUUGGAUUUUGCUUUUUAAUGGUCCCCGAGUUUGUUUCCCGGUGAGAGCAAAUCUGUAUAAAACGUUAUGUAACUUUUUUGUUUGUCUCUUUUAUAUAAAUAUUUCAAACUAUUUGAAAUAUAAACGUUUUUUAUAUAAACAUUUUGUGAUUUUUUAUUAAACGAAAAUAUUUUAAGUCCCUUCAAUGUGUAAAAAAGCUUGUAACUAUUGGAGACGCGUUCUGAGAAAACAGUACUUAAUGCUUGUGCGUAAAGUGUCAUCCCAGAUUUGCAUGUGCAGUCCACACAGGCUAAUCAGGGACGACACUUUCCGCUUUUAUGGUAUUAUUUAGUUUCAAGGAAGUCCUUGCUUACCGAAAAUCAAGUUAAGGCGAAAAGUGUCGUCCCUGAUUAGCCUGUGCGGACUGCACAGACUAAUCUGGGGUGACACUUUACGAACAUGCAUUAAGCCCGGUUUUCUCAGAACACGACUCAUUGUAUUGCUUACUUCAGUUGCUGUUAUUAUUUGUGUGUUUCCAUAUUAAUGAUAUUACAAACUGUUGUUCAAUUGAGCGAAAUUUGUGUUCAAUUCUAAAUAAUGAAUGUUCUGUUUUAGCGGUUACGUUGUUUUUGUUUCUCUGAUUGUGUUUUUAUUGUUUAUUGCUUUGUAAGAGAACUUAUGAAACUGUUUCACAAGA